AUGGCCUCGGCGCUGAGCGCCGGGCAGCAGCUGAGCGCCCUCAUCGCGGGCACGUCCAUCGAGCAGCUGCGGGCGCAGUGGUCGCUCACGGCGGCGCGGGCUUUGGUGCGCAACGCGCCGCCCGAGUCGAAGCUGCGCACGGACCCGCACGCCAUCGACCGCGUGCCCGAGGGCGGCAAGCUCCGCGCCGAGGACUUCCUCGUGCUCAUGGCCACGGCGACGAACGCGCCUCGAGGAGACCUGGAGAUGGCGUGGGCUGCGGGCGCCGUGGACCUCUUCCGCCAGAUGGAUCUACGGGGCGAGGGCGAGCUCGACUGGAACGACUUCGCGGCCUUCGUCCUGGGGCUCGACAUGCCGAAGCGCGAGCGGGAGGAGGUCGAGGACGCGGACGAGCCCGGGCGCGAGCACGAGGAGGAGCGGAGCGCCGAGGCCGAGGUCAUCGGCGCGCCGCGGCUGCGCCAGUACCACAUGAUCCCGGACGCGGCGGUCAACGAGGACUUCGCCAACGGUCUGGUGUCGUUGACCUACCUGCCGCCGCCGAUCCACCGCGUGCUCGCGCUGCCGCAGGGCGACCAGGGCGUGGAACUCGUCCACAUCAUCACGCCGGACCACCCGCCGCGCGUGUCCGGCGCGCUGCGCCACCACACGGCGUACCGGCCCCACAAGGUUUUAGCCUGCGGCGGCGUCGUGGGCACGUCCAUCGUCGUGACGGGGUCGUCCAUCGCGCCGGGCGGCCCGCACUACGUGAGCCUCUGGUCGCUGCCGUCGCGGUCCGGAGGCGCCCGCGAGGGCCCGCUGCUGCCCGUGCUCGUGCACCGGCGCGAGACGCCGAGCCCCAUGUCGGCCAUCACCUACUCGGCGCGGCUCGACCGCCUCUACACGGGCGGCGAGACGAGCGGGUUGGUCUACGAGUGGUCGUUCGACGAGAACCGCAAGUCGGCGUCGGCGGACGCGACGGGGCCCAAGGCCCUGGGCCGCUGCCGCACGCUGCGGCUCCACACCUUUGGCGUCACGACGAUCGUGGAGCUGGAGCGGCGGAAGCGCCACUCGAACCUCAUCGUCACGGGGUCCACGGACGGCAACAUCAACGUCUGGAACCCGAGCGACUGGUUCGGCGGCGGCGCCGCGGACGACGCGACCUUCGACUCCGCCGCGUUGGGCGAGGACCACAGCUCCGCGGCCGUGCCCGCGCCCCACGGGCGCAAGGAGCUCGUGCCCGUGCUCCAGCUCGCGGCGCAGUCCACGGGGCCGGGCACGAUCGUCGUGUCCGUGGACCACGGCCUCCUCUUCUCCGCGGGGCGCCUCUCCGUCAAGGACGCGACGGCGUCGACGGUGGUCCUCGUCUGGAAGCUCAGCGAGCAUUCGCAGCACGGCCUCAAGCGGCGCAUCCACGCGCAGCUCACGCGCCACAGCGCGCAGAUCUCGGACGUCGUCGAGGUCGUCGACGAGGCGCAGCUCGUCACCGCGGACAUCGGCGGCCUCGUCGUCGUCUGGCAGAUGCCCCAGCUCACGGCGCGGCAGCAGGUCACGCUGCCGAGCGGCGACCUGCCGAACGUGCGCGUGUGCAUCUCGCCCCUGCCCCACUACGGCUACGCGUCGUCGAACCCGGCGCGCGACAUCGCCGCCAAGGUCAAGAGCGGCCAAUUAUCAAAGGGCAACGCCGGCGGGCCCGACGCGGUGCUCGUCGCCGCGAAUACGAGAUUAGCGCUCUACCAGUUCCAGCUCAGCCUCAUCAAGGAGCCGUUGUUAUUAGCGCACUACGACGCGGGCAUGGCGGUCUUCGUCGUCGUGAGCGCGCAGCGCGUCUCCGUCUGGGACGCGAACAGCGGGCGCCUGCGGUCGCAGAUCGCCGCGGCGAACCUCAUCGGCGACGAGGACGCGGCGGCGCAGGCGGGGCCCGAGGGGGGGCAGGCCCAGGAGCACGUCAAGCUCGCGACGCUGUCGCGGAAGCGCAAGGGCGCGCGCGAGCUGAGCGUGAACAUGCCCGGCGAGGCGGAGACGGUCGUCGAGGCCGCGGACUCGUCGCCGCCGGAGAUCGUCGCGGCCAAGGUCGCCGUCGCGGGGCGCAAGCUCGUCGUCGGCGACGACCGCGGCGGCGUCCACGUCUGCGUCGUGCCGCCCGGCGGCCACGCGCCGCGGCGGACCAAGAGCCUCGACCCCCACGAGUCGUCCGUGUCCGACUUUAGCUUCCUCGACGCCGCGAAUUUGGUGCUCAGCGGCGGCGCGUCCGACGGCACCAUCGCGGUGCACGACGAGGGCGACGCGAGGGGCUACUGCCCGCCGAACGACGACGGCACGGUGCUCCAGCGCAGCGUGCGCCUGCGGGACGUGAAGAUCAUGGGCUCCAUCCGCAAGGCCGCGGACGAGCACCGCGCGGACGGGAGCCGCCCCGCGACGGCGCACCUGACGUUCAACCGCGGCGACCUGCUCAAAAGACGCAACACGCUCGACGGCGGCCGCGAGGUCAAGGUCAACGCGGACUACGCGCGGAAGCACGCCGCGGGCCGCGGCGACUCCGACUCCGAGAGCGAGAGCGACAGCGACGACUCGUACGACGGCUCCGGAAGCCCCGGAUCCAAGGGGUCGCCCCCCGGGGGCAUCGCCGGCGCCGCCGCGGUGGCCAAGGCGGCGACCAAAAAGACCGUGAGCGUCCCCGAGGCGCCGCCCCGGAGCGAGAGCGUGCUCGAGUCGACGGCGACGGAGACGCACGAGAUUCUCUGCGCGACCGCGGAUUUGCACCUCAAUUUGAUCGCGUCCGUGUCGCGCAACGGCUCGUCGCCGACGCCCCAGCUCUGCGUCUGGGACUUCGAGCUCUUCAUCUUGCUGGGCACGUGCCUGCCGCCCGUGUCCGUGCGCGACUCGAUGGCCAUUUUGGCGGCGCAGAAGAAGGCCGCGGCGGCGAACGAGAGCGGCAUCGUCGACGACCGCGCGGGCGCCGUGGAGCGCGUCACGGCCAUCGGCUUCCUGACGCCCUUCCCCGUGCUCUGCGGGCUCACGUCGACGGGCGUGGCCCACCUCUGGCGCGUGCCCGAGUGCGGCAUCCUGCACACGUUGGACUACCGCGACGAGCCGCCGCCCCAGGCCGUGCCCUGGUACCACAAGGACUACGUGGCCCCGGACAAGAAGGCCAACGCCUUCGUCACGGCCCACGUCGUCGCCCUCGAGGACCCCGUCGACGACGGGCCCGCGGACGCGGACGGCGCCGGCGCCGGCGACGGGCGCGCGUUCGUCACGGACGACGCCGCGUCCGCGUCGAGCUCGCACGGCCGCAUCGACGCCGUCGUCGGCGGCGGCACGGACGGCGGCGGCGUCGUCACGUGGGCGCUCCGGUCGUCGUUCUUCGCGCGGCUGAACCUGCGGCGCGUGCCGCCCGUGCGGCGGCGCACCUACAACCCGGGCCGCCAGGUGCACACGACCGUGAACUGGUCCGAGCUCCGGCGGAGCCGGCGCCUGAGCCAGGUCGACCUCGGCGGCCGCUCGUCGCUGGCGAACGUCGCGGGCGCGUCGGACCGCGACUCCUGGGACCUCGCGGUCUUCCAGGCCCACGACGACGUCGAGGUGACGUCGCUGCAGAUCAUCGAGAAGCCGCGCACGAUCCUCACGGCGUCCGAGGACGGGCUGGCGCGCAUCUGGACCUGGAAUGGCGUCCUCGUGGGCCAGCUCGACGUGAACCGGCCCGCGGGCGGCGACGGGCCCCGCAAGGUGCCCUGGGACUUCGUCGUCCAGUCGACGAGCGCCAAGACGGAGGUCCGGGGCGUCCAGGAGACCCUGAGCGCGGCCAAGGUCGCCGCCGCGGCCUUCGCGUCCGUGCCGCGGUCCGCGCGCGGCGGCGCGACGCGGCGGUCCCGGAUGACGCAGAUCCAGCGGUCGCGGACGUCGACGCCCCCGACGCCCAAGUCGCCGCCGGCGGCGUCGCCGGGCCGGAAGAAGCGCCCGCUGAAGAAGGAGCCCGACCCGAAGCCCAAGCUCAGCCUCGCGACGAACCGCGGCCUCGCGCUCUCGCAGUCCGCGCCGAACCUGAGCCGCGCGACGACGCCCGCGUCGGAGCACAGCAGCCGCCCGACGACGGCGUUGAGCCCCGAGGAGGGCUGGGACGCCGUGCGCGCGCGGACGUCCACGUUCCACGGCCGCGUCCGCUCCGACAAGAAGCCCGAGGACCACUCGUGGGACGCGAUCUUCGACGGCAUCGCGUCGCUGGAGAAGAACGCGGAGCUCAAGCGGUCCCAGUCCCUGCCGCGGGCGGCGUCGAGCCAGAACCGGCGGCCCCAGACGGGCAAGUGGUGGCAGACGCGCGACUCCAUGGCGCCCAUCGCCUUCCUCGCGCCCGAGCUCAGCGAGCUCUCGAGCUCGUUCUCGACGGUGGACCCGCCCCACAAGCGGGACAAGCGCGCCCAGACGGCGGCGGCGCGGCUCCGGGCCAAGCCCAGGCCCUUGGCCGAGGUCAUCGCCACGAAGCGGCGGCCCAUCCCCCGGCUCUACUCGCGAGCGGCUGGGCUGCCACUGGCCAAGAUGGCCAAGAUGGAUGCGAGCAUGCUGCCCCCGCCGCCGCCGACCGUCCUCGAGGCCUCCGCGGGCGUUUUCGACAUGGCCGACGCGCCGCCGGCCGCCGCCGCCGCCAGCGCCGCGCCGCGCGACCCGCUGGGACCCCCAAACGGCCCGGCCAUAAUCGGCGGCUGGACGCUGCCGGCGCCGCCGCCGAAGAAGGCCGCGCCGCCGCCCCCGCCGCCGCCGCCGCCCGCCGCCCCGGCGCCCAUCGCGCUCUACCGCGUCGACGUCGCGGACCACGCGUCCGUCGCCGCGGCGCUCGCGGCCGCGGCCGCCAAGGGCCGCAAGUGCGUCGUCGUCGUGCCCGCCGGCGGCGCCUACGACGAGGCCGUCGCCGUGCCGGCGGGCGUCACGCUCCGCGGCGCGGGCGAGGACGCCGCCGCCGCGCUGCGGAGCGUCCGGCUCGACGGCCACGGCGCGACGUGCGAGGGGCUGACCGUCUCCGAGGGCGUGACGUGCUCGCGCGGGGCCCGGGCCGUCGCCCUGAAGCGGUGCCUCGUCUCCAACGCCGGCGACACGGGCGUCGCGAGCGAGGCCGCGUCGCUCAAGCUCGAGCACUGCGUCGUCGACGGCUGCGAGGACGGCGUCGUGGUCACGCGCGGCUCCGCGUCCGUCGUCGACACGGCGAUCCGAAACUGCGACUGCGACGGCAUCUUCUCCGUCCCGAAGAUCCAGCUCCUCCAGGACGUGACCUUCGACGCCAUCGGGCGCCACGAGGUCAACUGCAAGGCCGGCGUCGUGAAGACCGUCGGCGCCGCGGCCGCCGAAACGGCCGCGCCGAGCGCCGCGCCGCUGGGGUGGGAGGGCGCGGAGUGGGUCGCGACGCCGCGGGCGUAG